AUGUUCGGUGACUCGGACUCCUUGCCAAGGCCUGGUCGACUACAAGAUCACGCACGGAACGUCCCAUGUGCUGAUCGCAAGCCGUUUCUUCUCUCGAAUAACAGCGACUACGAGGGCCACAUGUUCCCGCACUCGACCUGCAUAGUUGCUCUGCGAACGCUGAGUGAGCACGUUCUUAAGACGAAUGCUGAUGAUCUUGAGAUUAAGCUUUGA